UUCCCACCUCCAUCUCCCAGCUAUCAUGUCGCGCCGCAUCCUCCUCGCCGCACCUCCGCUGUGCGAGCUGGCAGAAGCAGGCUCAUCGCAUGCCACCUUUCUGCUGCUGCCGCACCCGCGACACUCGCAGCCAGCCUACUACCUGCCGCACCCUGCCGCACCCGGCACGCCGCAGCUGCUCGAGCUGCUCAAGAUCGCACCCAGCAGCGGCGCGCGCAGCUGGUUCCUCACGCCCGACGAGGAGGCUGAGACGCCUGCAACGGCAUUGCUGGGCGAGGGAGAGGUGGUGCGCGACGGCGCACUGCAUCUGCUUGCGCCCAUCGACCCACUCUUCCUCCUGCUGCCCAUUCUCUCAACAUUACAGCCCUGGAGCGAGCUGCCCUACCUGCCGCCAGACGAUCUCUUCGAGCGCUGUGCCUCUCUCUGCGGCGCCGAGCUGGCACGGCAGCACAACGCCUCGAUGAAGGAGGCCUCGGCACGACAGAAAGACAAGUCGCGGCAGAUGGACGUCGAGCUGGUGGAUGAGGACACGGAGUGGGAGGACGUGGGCCGCUUCGGAGCGCUUGACUUCGUGCAGCGACGGCUGAUGGACUUGUGUGAUCGGCUCGACGUCUCUCCUACCCUGACGACAGUGCGGCCCAGCAAGGCGCGCACAAUAGCCGCACUCGAAGUCAAGCUCUCCUACCUCUCCUCGGCUGCCACCUUCGACGCCGCACCCACAACGCUGGGGCGACAGCUCGCACGCGCUCUCGACGCCGACGCAACGGACGAGGAGCGUGCGGCGGCGCGACGACGCAUCGCCAGCGAUACGCUUGGCGACCAUGUCUGCGAGAGCUGGCUUGCUGAGCUGGCAGCACACACUGAGGGCGCGGGACAGAAGGAGGCAGAAGCGGCGCAAUCAUAGCGUGCGUUGUCGCUCGAGCGGUGUGCGGUCCAAUGGGUAUGUGACAGGUAGUGUGGUGUACAGAUAGGAGUCGCUG